AUGGAGCGCAAGCGCAAGCUGCCCGCCCGGGCGGCAGCGCGUGUUGAAAGCGAGGCCAAGCGGCGCCAGUCGACGCCUCGCGAGAAGAGCGAAGAACCCACGCCGGCACCGGUGGUCGAGGAACCCCCAACCCAACCGUCGCUACCUCGCUCCAUACAACCAGGCAAGCCACUGCCAACCGUGGAAGAUGCACAACCGGACGAUCUGUCGAUAAAGGAGUACCAGUCAAUAAGCGAAAGCGGCGUCCUGGCCGAAUCAAUAUCACGAUCGCGACACAAAUGGAUCAAUGAUGGCUUAUUUGAGAAAUAUUGGACGAAACCGCACAAGCGGAAAGGAGUGGUGAACGAAGACCCUAAGAAUCCGCCAAAAGAGAGCAUGGUCAAGGUCGGGACCGUCCAAAUCACGAUCGAGCCUCACAUGAUCGAGGCGACCAUGUACACAGUCAAGGACCCAAAGAAACCAGUACCGCCAGCCGCACAACCGCCGAACCAGGCACGGCCUGUAAUACAAUAUGGGCCGCCAAACGGCAUGAUGCCACCGCCGCGGACGGGGACGCCUGGCGCUGUAUCGCCAGCUCCUGAGGGGAAACUGCUCGCGCCCAGCCCAGCACCCAGCAAUGCGCAGCCUCCCCAACGGUCGCCUUCAGUAGACCAAGGGACCAGGGCACCGGCGUCUGCGUCGCCGGCUCCCAGCUACCCGCCUCGACCGGUUGCUAUACCUGCUUCCAAGCCCACGCCGCCAACGACGAAUACAGGGCCGACGCGCCCGCCCCAGGCCACUACCCCAUCGGCGCCAGCAACACCUGCGAUAAUACCACCUUUGGCACCCAAUGCAGGUCCAGGGAAAGAUCAUGCGCCAUCGCAUACGACUGGCGGCCCUCAACCAGUAGGCGUAGCAGCGCCCCCCGCCGCUGCGGCCCCAACAACAUCCAAAACCGUCACGAAUGAUCCGGUGAUUGCGCUUCUGGCUCAGAAGGCUGGGGCCGACGACGAGCUGAAGGAUCUAAUGAGGCGAGUGGCGCAUAACCAGGCGACGACGGCGGAACUGGCCAAAUUCCAGGGGAUUAUUGAUCAGCUGAAUGCCGAGUACAAAAGAGGAGGGGGCCAGCAAGGGCCCUCGGCUGAUCGUUUGCUCGUGGACCAGAGGACAGUUCGGUAUUUCGCAGACGAAGUGUGCGCCAUUCUGGAUAUUGUUCUCGCUUCGAAUCCAGAUCAGCGAGCAGCAGACCUGAGACCACCACCACGCAGUGAUCCCCUCGUCGUGCUUCUCGUCAAGCGCGCUCUGGAGCACAAACCGACGAGGGAAAUGUGUCGGCGCAUUGUGGCCGAGAAGCCAAACUAUACCGAUGCAACUGACUUGAAGACGAUCCUGGACCGGCUUCUGCAAGAAUCGAAGACACCGUCGCGAGGAACACCCGCGCCCGCGCAGCCCAAGCCAGCUGCACCAGGCCCAAACGUGGCAGCGAACGGCUACGUCAACGGGCACCCCCAGGCACAUGGAGCUACACAUCCCUCACAGCAAGCGUUGCGCUCAAAGGGGCCGCCGCCUGCGCCAAAACAGGAUAUUUCUGCUGUGGUAUUCGACUUUGGCGGUGGCGAUCGAUUCUUAUUCCCGAAAUUCAGCAUCUUAGAGUAUAUACCAACACCUGUCGGACAACAGGUGAUCGCAUCGUUCCUGAUCAUCCGGAAGGGGAGCACCAUCGAGUACGGCGGAGACCCCGCGCUUGACUACUACCAGCCUGUAACCAUUCGACUGUACGCACACAGCGGACGCCACCUGGAGAACCUGGCUAGGGUUGUGGCGCCUCCAGCGGAGGUGCGCGCUUACAUGGAGAAUGUCAUGGACAACAUGACCAGAGCCGAGUAUAUCCUACUUGCCAUGCGCCUGCCCCGCUUUACGAAAGACGAGGGUGAUUCCAGCGGCAACCGCAGCGAGGACGCCAAGGCUGCACGGGGCACACCGCUGACUGAGAAGGAGCUGGAGAAGUCGACUGUUGCAAAGCCAGAGGUUCUGUGGACUACGCCGGCGGCAGUCAAGUCGGAAAAGUCCUCUCGCGCCAUGAAGUCGAGAGAGGCAGAAGAGGAGACGCAGGCCCAGUACCGGCGACUGAUCAACUCGAUAGCGGCCAAAGACUCGGCCGCUGUGUGA